AGUCGUCUAUACCGCCAAAUAUCGGCAGAGUGCGAGACAAUCCCGUGCCAUCGUCGCCCUACAGUCCCCCCCGUGUCGAGCACCAUGCAACUCCCCGCCCGGUUCCUCCUGUUCCUGCUGGUGGCCAUCAUGGCGGCGGCGAGCUCGGCGCUAGGCUACUCGGCGGCCAGCCCGGUCUCCUCCCAACAGCAACAGCAGCAGCGCCACCGGAUCAGCGUGGGCCGCUGGCUCAAGAGCGUGCUGCCGGCCGCCGCCGCCGCCGCGUCAGCGGGGGACACCGACAGUCGCAACACAGCCGACCUGGACGCCGCUGACAUGAUCGACCCCGUCCUGCUCGCCUCAGGGUUCGCCAAGCGGCAGGAGGACGACUACGGUCAUAUGCGGUUCGGACGAUCCGACGACUACGGACACAUGCGCUUCGGCAGGAAGUGAACACUGCACUUCCUGGGAGUAUAUACUACGUCCUGGCAAACACCGCCGUUCCUAUACCUGCAGCGCAGCCAAAGGGUACUCCAGUACAACCGAUUACAUCAUUCUGCCCUCGGAUAAAACUAUGGGCGAAACGCACACCGCUUGUACGAUCCUCAAGGAAGCUUUCCACGCUCAACUGUAACAGCUCCUUGACCUGCGAGCUGCUCCGCAUGCUCAAACGCAAUAAAAACUACGCGGAGCUGUCGAGACAUGUUGUUUCUACCUAAAUACGGCUGCGCU